AUGAUGAACAUCUCGAGACUGAGACUCCGCCAUAAUAUUAGGUUGCCGCUUCGUGUUGCAAUAGAGCUUCUGACCUGCAGAGUCGAUCAAUUACGUCUUUUUAUUCAAGAAAAUGGCCUUCAGCUACCGAAAAUGUCUGAUGAUAUGGAUGAUGCCCUUCAAAAGAUUCUCAAUACUCUUGGAAUGACAGAGCCAGCCAGUACAUUUUCCUCAUUGAAUAAUCCGACAACGAAGCGACCAAGUAUGGGCAAAAUUAAUGAUUAUACGGGGCUUAAUAUUACGACACCUCCGGAUGUUGUCCCUUUAGAGGGGCUCGAGGACUGGAGCUUAAAUCAACAACAUGCCAUUGAUUUCCCCGAAACUGGGCAGGGUCACCAUUUACCAGGUAGUAUAUCAAACCUCUGGCUUUUCGAUCUAGACUUCGGCACAGGCAUCACGGCUGCCGAUGUACCACCAGCGAUCGAGGCAGAAGCUACCGAACUAGUUGAUAGCGAAAGCGUUUCUAAUUUCACGGAGGAACCUGUAAGCACAUUUGACAUUGAAGCCUUGGUUGACGAGAUCUCCGACCGAAUUGGGACCAUAAAAAUCGACGACGGAGGGAAGACACGCUUUUAUGGCCCAACGUCCACAUUCAAUCUAAGGGAAAUUCCGCUACUGGACAGCUGUGAAGCCAAUGAUUCAAGCCCACCCUAUUUAUCCGAGCCAGAGGGAGAGGUUCCUACCGCUCUGGAGAGGCAUCUUCUCGAUCUUUACUUUAGCUGGCAGGACCCAUCAUUUCAUGUAGUUGAUCGAUCCAUUUACGAAGAAGCGAAAGCAAAAUGUAACAACCUCGAAGCGACUCCGUUCUACUCAGAGGCACUGCGGAAUGCAAUGUGUGCGCUUGGAAGCGCCUUCGAAUGUCGAUACCAUCCGACUAUGAUCACAUUUCCCAAGACACUUGUUGAGUUUUUUGGCGAUCGAGCGAAGUCAAUUCUCGAAACAGAAUUAGAGUCCCCUUCUGUCGCAACUAUUCAAGCACUGGUCAUAUUGAGCUUCCACGAGAUUGGAAACGGAAAGGAUACAAGGGGCUGGCUAUAUAGCGGAUCAGCAUUAAGGCUAGCAUUCGAUCUUGCUUUGCACCUUGACAUGUCUAGUCAUGUGUCUGCAAGGGUAAUCUCGGCUGCCCACGCAAACCUUCGCAGGACUGUGUUCUGGACCGCAUACGUUGUUGACCACCAAUUAGGAUUUCACUUAGGCAGACCAUUCCGCACCAGUAUGGAGGAUGUCACAGUUGGAAAACCAUACCAAGAUUCAAAUUCCAGAGAGUAUUGCCGAUGGAUACCCUGCGAGUCACCUUCUUCCGCCAGCCAAGAUUCUGGCUUGCUGGACAGCCAAGACAUAAUCAGUCAACGACUAGUUUCUCUCUGCGAACUGAUGGCUCCAUGCGGUUAUAUCCUAUAUGGCACCAGCAGUAUCUCAAAAGAGACCCUUCAAGAGCUCAAUGCCAAAAUUGUCGCCAAGCUUCGCAAGUGGAAAUCUACUCUUCCACCUGUUUUACAAAUUAAUCUCGACGACGUUACUUCGCCAUAUCUUCCACAUGUCCUCAUUCUUCACAUGCAAUACCACCAGAGCAUAAUCUAUGCUCACAGGCCAUGGAUAUCAAAAAGCCAUCAUGGUCUACAACCGCAACCGCCAAAAGGACCUGGAUAUACACAUGCCCGCGAGAUGUGCAUCCAAUCCGCAAUAGCUAUCUCCAAAAUCCUCAAUAUGUAUGAAUCUCGGUACACAUUACGCCGAAUCAACGUACAAGCAGUUUCCAUCACAUCCUCGGCCAUCUUAUUCCUUCUUUUCGCCACUUUUUUGAAUAUCCCCUCCUACUCUCGAAGCCAUAUCGUAAUUUAUCUGACAACAUGUUUCAGAGCUUUAGAUGAGCUCGCUAUUUGCUGGAAAAGUGCCCAUAGGGCAAGAGACCUUUUGGUCGGUCUGCAGCGUCAAUGGGAUUUACGGACACGAUCUAGACAGCCCCAUCGGGGUGAUGAGGUAGUCUAUAUUCCGCGAAAGAGGUCAAAAACUUCCAGCGGACUUCAUAGAACGGCGCCUGUUUCUCAAGAUGAGGCUUUGCAAAUAGAUUUGGACUUGGGUUUUUUGCUUGAGACAGAGGCGGAAGCGUCAGGCCAUCCUUAA